UGGCUAUUGUUAAACCAUCGCACAAAAAGGCAACACAAGUGUGUUUUUCAUAGAGAACGAAAAGCAAUGACAAUCGCAAUAAUGUGAUGUCAUUCAUUGAAAGGAAAUCGUCUGCUAGGAAAUGUUUUGGUUGUAAUUUCAAGUCUCUUUUUCUUGGACUUACAGACUUUACUCAUGAGAUAUUCAUGACAGGCGUGAAUCAAACCGUCGAUCUAACGUGUUAGCUCCAGAAAAUUGAUUUGUUUCCACAGAAAAUGAGUUUAGUACGAAAAAACGGUGCAGAUUUGAUUCCAGGUCAAGAGAAUGUGGAGAAAGGCGAUGCAGAGAAAGAAAAUAAGUUUCCCGCAGUUACACCUGAAGAUGUCUUGAAGAUGAACCGAAUUUCUGAUGUGUACUUGUGCUCUCCUGAGGCAAAUAUUUUUGGCAUCGACUUCAUCAGAUUUCAAAUUCGGGAUUUGGAAACUGGCACAGUACUCUUCGAAAUUGCGAAGCCCCAGCCUGGAGAUAUUGUGGAGCCCGCCACAGAAGAAGAUGAACCAGAUCCUAAUGCAGGCAGAUUUAUUCGUUAUGAAUUCACUCCUAACUUUUUGAAGCUGAAAGCAGUUGGAUCCACAAUUGAAUUUCAAGUUGGUGCAUUGCCAGUAAAUAACUUCCGCAUGAUUGAGAGGCAUUUCUUCAGAGACAAGCUACUCAAGACUUUUGACUUUGAGUUUGGGUUCUGUAUUCCCUUCAGCACCAACACUUGUGAACACAUUUAUGAGUUUCCUCCUCUUGCACCGGAAUUGAUCCGAGACAUGAUCAACCAUCCAUUUGAAACUCGCUCAGAUUCGUUUUACUUUGUUGAUAACCAACUCAUUAUGCACAACAAGGCUGAUUAUGCGUACAAUGGGAAUAUAGUGUCAGCAUCAAUAGCUGAUGCUGAGGGGUGAUGGCAUUCCCACUACAGGAACAUUUUCCACAUUAUUUCUUCCACCUUAUUUGUGUGUUGACUUUCCAGCACUUACGCCAGAGCUGCUAUGAGCUUCUUAGACUCUAUUUAUUCUUUUAUCUAUUUUUAUUAAUAAUAUUUGCUUGAUAUGAUUCCAUGUUUAAUUUUCCAUGAACUCUGUGAUGAUCUUGUGUCAUGUUUCCUUCUUUCUGUUUUUUAAUUUUAAGUUUUUAAAUGGUAAUUUUUUGUGGCAUUAUGUGAUAGAUAGUAAUCUCAUGAUAUUUUUACUUUUUUUAAAAAGCUGUAAUGCUUGUUUUUAUAUGUGGUCCCUUGACUUAAUUCUUCACAUUUUUGUACUGAGUGUUGGGUAGUUGUUUCCUGUGUUGCAGUUUUUUUACAUUAGAUCUUCCUCUGUGAUUUUAUGUACCUAUGGGGACUCUCACGAGUAUGGAACCAUCUCCAAUGUUAAAUAUAAUGUCCCCUGCCUCCCCCACCCCUAAAAUAAAAGAUAAGGAAUGAUAAUCAUGCAGGAUAAACAAAAACAACAAAUAAGCAGGGUUGCUCAGCAAUAGCUCUGAAGUAGAGGUAUGUUGUAUUAAACUCCUGUAUACUAGUAGUCAUUGCUUCAUCCACUGCAAAGCUAUUGUGCAUCCAUGCCUAGUGUUUGCGUAGGUAGGUUUGCAGGCACUUUUGCAUUAUGACUGAUCAUGAUCAUUCUAUGUUCAUUUAUUCACAGAUCCUAAGCUAAGAUAAUUUAUUGAAAAUCUUGUGAUGUGUGAAGCACUUAGAAAUGCCAAUCAUGUGCCUUUUAUAAAGGAUUUGACCCUUCAGCGAGUCUCCCUUUAACUGUUGUUGUCAUCAGGUGUAAUUACAAUUGUUCUAUGAAAAAGGGACCAUUGUUCCACUGUCAACAGAUGAAAAUAUUGUAUGUAGUCUUUUCAACAAUGACUCACCUAUAGGUUGAAAUGUUGCUCCAAAGAAGUAAACCAAUUAUUCAAUUUGACUUAAACAGUUGUGCUUUAUAAAUUAUUAAUUGGACUUUAAUUUCAUUACUCCAAUGACAGGCUCUGCCUUAUUUGGGUGAUUACUUUCCUUUCUUGACAAACAUGUGUUGAGGAGGGAACCAAAUUACAAGUUACUUGUUUCCUGCUUUUAGCUUUUUCCUUGAAAGCACUUUAUAUCACUGUCUUAUGAGAACAUUGAAUGAAAGAAAUGCUACAUUAA